UUGUCCAUUUGAAAUAAAAGAAAUGUCACAAUAAGUUAAAUCAAACCAAAUAAGACGAACUGUUUCUUUUAGAGACACUUUUUUCUAGACACUUUUAGCUUCUUAUACGCAGAUAAUCAUAAAGUCUCUUAUUUUAGACUAAAAAACUGUAGCAGUUCAAACUCAACCGGCUUUCUUCCCUCGAUUGGCUUGUUCUUUAUUUUCUUGAACAUGAUAGUUGUUACUGGAGAACAAGCAAUAUGCAUGUUUUUCUGCGAGGAAUACAACGGAGAUAAUGUCGAAAAACUAACUAAAGAAGUUGAUGAUUUUGUAAAUAGUAAAAUCUGCUAUACAGAAGAUCCAACAAAACCGAUCAUAUGCUCCCCCAAAACCUUGAAGGCUAAUUCAAAUUAUUAUCAGUACCCUGCAACAAUAACCGACAAAGAGUAGCGCGCAGAAUCUUCGAAAGAAUGAAGGUUAUCAUAGAUUUUGAAUAUUUCUCCUUUCGAUUUAGAUUAGACUUUCAAUUACCUGACAUCUAACUUUUUUAAAAAACAUUUAAAUAAAGCUUUUUACUUGCUAUUA